GGCCAAAUCAGCUCAACAAAAAAUCUUUGUCAGGCCUAAUGGACCAGCCUCUGUAUCGGAUCAAACUACAUGGGAAAAGUCGACCAGAGAUCAUCUCCUCGUAUGUGAUUUUCUAGUUAGGUACUCGAUUCAAAGCAUUUCAUAUAACAACGCAAAACUUACGGUAGCUGAUCAUUUCGUUGCUGCCUCCAACUUUGGGGGAAUUAACAAUUAAAACUACCCUCAGAUUUCAGACAACACCAUCAUUUCCAUGCCAUGCAAUGCAAUGCAUCCAAUCAUAAAGCCAAAACGAUGUCUCUUACUGUUCCACAAUCUUUUCAGAUUCAGAAUCACACCCAAUUCUUCUCAUCCAUUCCCAUCACUGCAACAACCGUUGAAACACGUGACCACUGAUUCCACAGACCCAACAACAUCUGUUCCUAUCGAUGCAGGUUCUUCUAACCGCAAACCCGUUUGUUUAUGGCCAGGGAGGUUCCAUUCCCCUGCCAUACACGCUCUAUGGGAAGCCAGAGCCUCCAUUCGUCCCAAUGGCAAUGGUUAUGGCCCCUCAGAUCCCAAAACUCCCUCCCAGAGCAGGACUAGUAUCUUUUACAACUUCUCUUCUGACUACAUACUUCGCGAGCAGUAUAGGAACCCUUGGAAUCACAUUAGGAUGGGCAAGCUCGUUGAGGAUUUUGAUGCUCUAGCUGGAACCAUUGCAUUCAAGCACUGCUGUAAUGAAGAUGGCACAACAAGGCCUCUUCUAUUAGUCACUGCUUCCGUGGACAAGAUGGUUCUUAAGAAACCAAUUCAUAUUGAUGCUGAUUUCACCAUUGUUGGUGCUGUUACCUGGGUUGGCCGGUCAUCCAUGGAGAUUCAACUCGAAUUGACUCAGUCGGCAGGAGGGAAUCCAAAUAUCUCAAACUCAACUGCACUUGUAGCUAACUUCACAUUUGUAGCUCGUGAUGCUGACACCGGAAAGGCAGUGGCAAUUAACCAGAUCUCACCAGAAAGUGAGCAAGAAAGAUUGCUCUGGGAAGAAGCAGAACAGAGGAACAAAUUUAGGAAAAAAAGGAAAGAAGAACAAAAACAUGGAGAGAGUGGAGACACUGCUAGACUCAAUGCACUAUUGGCUGAAGGGCGAAUCUUCAGUGACAUGCCAGCAUUGGCCAACAGAGAGAGCAUUCUGAUGAAAGAUACUUUCCUACAAAACUCUUUUAUCUGCCAGCCACAGCAAAGAAACAUCCAUGGUCGUAUCUUUGGGGGGUUUUUGAUGAGAAGAGCGUUUGAACUUGCCUUUACAACUGCUUAUGCCUUUGCUGGUGCAGCACCUCAUUUCUUAGAAGUUGAUCAUGUUGAUUUCUUUAAACCUGUGGAUGUUGGAAAUUAUCUUCGGCUAAAGUCUUGUGUUCUGUACACGGAACUUGACAAUCUAACUGAGCCCCUGGUGAAUGUGGAAGUUGUUGCACAUGUCACGAAGCCUGAGCUCCGCUCAAGUGAGGUUUCUAACAGAUUCUACUUCACAUUUGGUGUUGAUCCUGAGGCCAUUAAAAAUGGGUUGAGGAUUCGAGAUGUUGUUCCUGGUACAGAAGAGGAAGCACGAAAGGUUCUCGAACGCUUGGAUGCUGAGAACUUGACUUUGGUUAAAAAAGAUGGUAAUCUUCAUGUUAUCAAGGAGAACAAGUAAAUAGAGAAAAGAAAUGUCUGAUAGAAUGUCCGAAGAACUUUCUUGAAUAUACCUGAAGUAUCAUGGGUUAAUGUCCAAUCAAGCACGGAUCCACUUGCAAUUUCUGCAUUAACCGUGAUUUUAAAAUAUGUUCAUUUGCAAUUCCAAGGCAUGCCAUUAGUUGUGGAUUGAACUAGAGAGUGAAUAUGAGUUGCAUGCUUUAUUCUGUUUGAGUUAACAAGAUAGUAGCUUCUCUUGAUUCAGUAGGGGGAUUAGAGACUAACGGCAUUGCCUAAAGGUAACGCAAUGCUCAUAUAUCUGAAAUCAAUAUUAAAAAAUGCCACAUUUUUUGUUCUCAUAUUUUAGCACCUCCAACGAUAAAUAAUGUGUCAGAAACGCCUAAAGUCUUACCACUAGCUAUGAGACAAGUUGUACACUUGCAUAUGAUGCAUUACCACUCGCUGUCGCCAGAAUACACUAAAAUCCAAACUCUAGACAAACCUAUAUUUCACAAUAUCGGAGUCUAGCUAGAUCAGGGAUCUGUUUGAUACUAUUAAGCAAUGAUAUUCAUGCAUUUAC